AUAUGUAUAUAUUCAUGUAUUUGUUUAUUCAAGAUUUCGGAGACACUGGUACCGAGGCGGCAAUAAUUCUUGUAGUCGCACGGACUUAGUUUUCAUUCCCUUGCCGGAUUCGCCGCUAGCCAGGAAACGACAGCGAGAAAUACUCAAGAAACAGUCGGAAAUCAAGGAGGAGAAGAGAGAACGAACUCCAACGGUUUGUAUUCGAGGGCCUAGUCAAGUGUCGAUGUCUUCCUCUCAACCAAUGCAAGCUACGAUGGGUUUCAACCCGGUGUCCUCGGCUACCUGCAGUACGGCGGCCGUGUACUCGACGUCAGCGAUGAAUUGCGGUCCGGCUUCGUUUCCUCCCGGGCUUUCUCCGUUCACUCUGUGUUUCGGCACUAGUCAAGACCUACCUGCCCUGCAGCGGCUGAAGGAGUACGCGUCCGCGGCGACAAACGCUUGCGUGCCUGGUUCCUCGACAUUCUAUCAAGCGGCGCUGCUGGACCCUGUUCUGCAGUACCGCAUAUCCGCCGGUCUGUACGGCGCUGCCGAGAAGGAACGUUUUGAGCAAGAGGCACAGGAGCGCCAACAAGAACAGCUUAAGCGUGACUACGAGUAUGCCACAAAGCCGAUGUAUCAGAUGUCGAACAAUGCCCUCGCUUCGAACGCCGCCGUUAACAUGGGCUUCACCGCCGCGUCCAUCAAUGCCAUGAACGCCUCAGGCGGCGGCACCGAUUCUCGUCAGUUGUUCGGCGUUCCCGGACAGUACUCUCCUGUGAACAAUACGGCGGCCAUGGGCCUGUCACCGAAUCAGGCAGCUGCAUUCCCGUACCAGUCCCUAGACGCCAAUGCUUUGGAGCGAUUUCACACCGAGCGUCUUCUUGCUGAAAGAGUUCAGCUGGAACGUUUGACCGCGUUGUAUCCUGCCAACCCGAUGCUUCGUUUGGAGCUGGAUCGUCUGACUGCCGCUCUGACAGCUUUGGCUGCCCAGCAUCACACACACUCGCACACACACUCGCAUACGCAUCUGCACAUCCAUCCUUCGUUGGCCAGUUCGUCGGUGCAGCAAGAUACGGGCCCAACGAGUAGCGUCGCCGCAUCCACGUCUCUGUGGUCGGCGUCACAGACGCCGAACAUGACAGACAACUUCAUGCAGCAAUACCUACAGCAAGAGCACUUCCAGCGUCAGAUUGCUUUGGAACGGGAUCGGAUUAUCAGUGCCCAGCAGCAGCAGGUCGUUCUUCAGCACAACGAAAUGAUGAGCAAUUGCGUUUUAAAUUCUGGUGUAAAGGAGGACGGCUCUUGCCUCCAGUAUACGAAAGUCAGUUCUUUGUCCCUCACACACGCCUCAGGCACCUCUCGAAGGAUGGUAGAACAAGUAAUGUCACGUGAUUUUAAGGAAAUUCUCCGAGCCGCGGACAUGCCGGAACCAAUGCGGUUGCACGCUUUCCAGCUGGCCAAGGAAGCGCUUGAAAAGUACACGACGGAACGAGAGAUGGCUAAUCAUGUGAAGCUCGGAUUUGACGAAUCCUACGGACCAAGUUGGCAUUGUGUCGUGGGGCGCAACUACGGCUCUUUUGUGACUCACGAAAACGGCGCCUUUAUUUUCUUCUUCCUUGGGAAAGAAGCCUUUCUUUUGUUCAAGUCAGCGUGAUA